AUGGCAGACAUUGAAGAGAUCAUUGAUUUAUAUGCGGAAAUCCCUUCUUUUCAUGAGAAGUAUUCAGGUCUUCUUAAACAACUGCCCCCAUCAAUAAUAAAUGAGGCAUGGAAGCGUUUAACAACCCGAAAGCGCAAUUCACUCUCUGCUAUUGAUGCCAGCUAUGAAGAUCCUAGUAUAGAGGCACUUUUAAGACGUGAAAUUGUAAGAUAUGAUCAAAAAAAGAAACGGCAAUUAACUAAUAGUUUAUAUAUAUACAGCAUGGAAACUGUGACACAAACAGGAACUACUGAUUUCUCAGACAAAGUGGAUAAAGCAACGCAAACAGAAGAUAUUAAUUUCUUGGCUAAAAUAGAGCAAGCUAAUAUAUUAUUAAUGAGUGCAAUAAAUAUUUUGGCAAGCCUUCGCUCAUAA